UCCCUUAACGGUCACUUGGACUUGGAUUGUUCACCGUUUGAUCAAAAUCCCACGGCCCACACACAGAGUUUCCCCAAUCUUCUCGAACGCCCUUUUUCACAGUCAUCAUUUUUUUUUCCGAGUGCCGGGUAAAACAGAACAGGUCCACAGAAUUUAGGAAAAGCAAUUAAUGAUAUAGACAGCAAUGGAAGUUAUACUAGGAGUAGUAGUAUAGUAGUAGUAGUAGGAGAAGUAGUAGAGAGAGAGGGAGGGAGGGAGAGAAGAAAGAACAUUAUAGUAUAUAAAAACACAAGCUUUUAAUGGUUUCUGGUUUCUUUGGGUAGUGAAAGCUAGGAAGUGAUGAUGUGGGCUGCGUCUCUUUGUUAAUCACCUAUUCAUGUAUGUUGUGGUUUUUGGGUUUUGCUUUUGGUUUCAUUUGAGUAAACAUGGAGUUGCUGCAAAUUUCAAAUGCUGAUGUGGGUUCACGGAUUUCUACUGACUUCAGCUACCGAAUUGGCCGAGUAUGUUUUAACAUUUCCUCCUUUCACGAAGUGAAUUCCAUUGUUGUUGAUUGUGUUCAUAGCUUUUCUCAAUGAGUUUGUUUUGAAGGUGUUGGAAUCCGAUGAUUGUUUUGUUUUAGGUGUUUGAUUGAUUCAUUAACAAAUUCUUUCAUUCUUUUGGGGGUGGGGAAAUUUUUUGAACAUUCUUUUGUUAAUUAAUUAUAGAUUGCACAUUCACAUUGCCAUAUAGGAACACUUGAAUUUUACAGAAACUUUUUCGUUUUGAUUCUUUUAAAAUUCAUCGGAUUCCUAUUUUUUGUUAAUUGAUUUGUUCAAAAGAAAUUCACACACUCACAUUAGUCUCUCUCUCUUUUUCAAGUACAUACAUGCAAAGGUUUUUAUGAACACAUAGAAUCUGUACACUCAAAAAUUAACCAUUUGUUUCAUAAUUCAAAAAAUUUAUUAUAGAAACAAAGAGAGAUAGGGAAGCAGAAAAUAGGGUGGGUGAAUUACACAACAAAAAAAACAAAAAAGAAAAAUUGGAAAUCUGUAGAGGAUGUUGGCUGGGUGUUCUAGUUCUACAUUGGUGUCACCAAGGCAUAGAUUAAGGAGUGAGUCACCUGCACAAUUUCAAGCUUGCCAUUUCCAAUUACCUUCAAUGAGCACACAGAGAUUGGACUUACCAUGUACUUUCUCUCGAAAAGAAUCAUCACGGUCAAACCCCAUUAGGCCAGUUGGUGUUGGUCUUUCUGUUGAUAAAUCACUCGAAUCCAAAACCAGCAGCUGUUCUCUGAAGCAGAAUAUCAGACUCCCACCAUUAGCAACAACAAGUUCUCAAUCAGUGAAAGAUGAAUUUUGGGAGAAAGGUAAGAGCUUGAAGAGAUUUGCAGAGCAGGGGUCAGUUGAUGAGUCUUGUACUAAUAGGGUUAAGAGAAAAAGGGGUAGCAAUGAUAAUUUUGAAAAAUCUGAUGAAUGUGGAGAUGCUUUAAGUCUAAGCCAAUUGGGAAGUCGAAAUUUUUGGUUUCAGUCAGGUUUUGAGGUUCCUAGAGGCCUAAACCCUUCUCCACAAGCUCCUUUCUCUUUGACAUGUUCUGGAGAUGAGGAAAGGGUUUGCUAUGUGCCUAGUGAAGUUAUUUCACCACCUUUGCCAUUGUCAAACAAUCCAUGGGUGGAUUCUGUGAUAACUGAGAUCGCUGAUUUAGGUGAAAAAGAAGGAGAGAGUAGCCAAAGGCCAGUAAAAGAAGCUUCUGGUUCAAGUGCAUCAUCAGAGAGUCAUAGUUUGGGUCUUAGACUAAGUGAGAAUGUUCUGGAGCAUGAAGUGGGUAAUGGCUCUAGAAAUCCUCUUGCACAACUAGGGACAACAUUGGAAGCUGCAGAGGAGAAUCACCAAGAAGAGUAUCAGGCAUUUGAGCUAGUUAGUUUGCUUACUGCUUGUGUUGAGGCAAUUGGGUCGAAGAACAUGGCUGUAAUCAACCAUUGUAUAGCUAAAUUGGGGGAUCUUGCUUCUCCAAAGGGAAAAGCUCUUAGUCGCCUUUGUGCUUAUUAUACUGAGGCUUUAGCUCUUAGAGUUACAAGACUUUGGCCUCAUAUUUUUCAUAUCACCCCUCCUCGCGAGUUUGAUCGAGUUGAUGAUGAUUCAGGGACUGCAUUGAGGCUUUUGAAUCAGGUAAGCCCAAUUCCAAAGUUUAUUCAUUUCACGGCAAAUGAGAUAUUGCUGAGAGCUUUUGAAGGGAAAGAUAGAGUUCAUAUUAUAGACUUCGAUAUUAAGCAAGGGCUUCAGUGGCCUAGUUUGUUUCAGAGCUUGGCGUCUAGGACUAAUCCUCCUAGCCAUGUUAGAAUUACUGGAAUAGGUGAGUCCAAGCAAGAAUUGAAUGAGACAGGUGAUAGGCUUGCUGGAUUUGCAGAGGCAUUGAACUUGCCUUUCGAGUUCCAUCCAGUUGUGGACAGGUUAGAAGACGUGAGGCUGUGGAUGCUACAUGUGAAGGAAGGGGAGAGUGUUGCGAUAAAUUGUAUUUUCCAAAUGCACAGGACACUCUAUGAUGGGAAUGGAGGAGCAUUAAGAGAUUUCUUGGGACUUAUUCGAAGCACCAGUCCUACAAUAGUCCUUAUGGCAGAACAAGAAGCUGAACACAAUGCACCUAAUUUGGAAACGAGAGUGUGCAAUUCUUUGAAGUACUAUUCUGCAAUAUUCGACUCAAUUGAUUCUAGCCUUGCAUUAGACAGCCCAGUUAGGAUCAAGGUAGAGGAAAUGUUUGCAAGGGAAAUAAGGAACAUAGUUGCUUGUGAAGGAAGUGAUAGGCUUGAAAGGCACGAGAGUUUUGAGAAGUGGAGGAACUUGAUGGAGCAAGGAGGAUUCCGGUGCAUGGGAAUUAGUGACAGAGAAAUGCUUCAAUGCCAAAUGUUGUUGAAGAUGUAUUCUUGUGAGGAUUAUAGAGUAACUAAACAAGGGCAGGAUGGAGCAGCAGUUACUCUGAGUUGGUUAGAUCAGCCUCUCUACACAGUAUCUGCUUGGGCUCCUGUAGAUGUUGCGGGAAGCUCAUCCUCUUUUUCUCAGCCAAGUUGAUUGCUACAGGUUUCUUUUUUCUUGAUACAUUUCAUUCCAUUCUUGCACACAGGAAGGGAUACUAAUUAUUCUUUGUAGGUAGCAGAAGUUGUCAUUAUUCUUUCAUUCUUUGUUGCAGAUAAGAUAGUGCGAGAGGCAUUUGUACGAAUACAGUAGUAGUUUCAUACUGUUUCAGUUCUUUUCAGACAUAUUUUUAGGUUUAAGUCCAUAGAAUUUGGAGUCAGUUUUUAUGUUUAUUAUUAUUCUUUCAUUCUUUAUGUAUUCAUGAAAUUCUUUGUAGUACCGUCAUUACUUUGUUCAUUUCUCCUUUGUUGGAAAGUUGUUAGAGUUUAUGAACCAUGUACUUGAGAGUUGAAUCCUCAUGUAUGAAAUGAAUUUAUUUGAUUUGUGUUUA